UUCUGCUAUACUUUUCUCGUCUGUGUUUAUUGCUUUUUUGUCGUGUUUUUCUCUAAAUCGCAUUGAAUUUUAUUAGAUUUCAGUACAUAUAUUCACUAAAUCUGUGUGUAUUCACGUGAAUGUAGUCGUUUACUCAUCCGAUUUUUAUAAAUGCCGUGACGAAAAAAAGAUCAAGAUGAGUAAGAUGUCGAAGAAUAAAUUGAAUCUGACCCUCCCACCAGGGUCCAUCGACACGGCCCCGACAGUCACACCAUCGAAUAUGACUCCACAGCUGAAAUCUGCAACAGCUUCUGAGCGGCAGGGCUUGGCUGGCAAAUCUAAGACCAGCAUUGAAGCACUGACAGAGAGGUUAGAGCAAAUUGAGAUGGAUGACACCCAGAGACGCAGAAUUGAGGUUUUCCUCUGCCAGAAAGAAAAGAUUGGGGAACUCAGUGAUGAUGAUUUUGAGAAGCUUGGUGAAUUAGGUCAGGGUAAUGGCGGUGUCGUAAUGAAGGUCCGGCAUAAGUCUACAGGAUUAAUAAUGGCUAGAAAACUGAUCCAUCUAGAAGUGAAGCCAGCCAUAAAGAAACAAAUCAUCAGAGAACUCAAAGUGCUUCAUGAGUGCAAUUUUGCUCACAUAGUAGGCUUCUACGGCGCUUUUUAUAGUGAUGGAGAGAUUUCGAUUUGUAUGGAGUACAUGGAUGGUGGCUCCCUGGACCUUAUAUUGAAGAAGGCAGGCAGGAUUCCUGAAUCAAUUCUAGGAACAAUAACAUCGGCGGUCCUAAAAGGGCUAAGUUACCUUCGUGACAAGCACGCAAUUAUGCACCGAGACGUGAAGCCGUCCAACAUUCUCGUCAACAGUAACGGCGAGAUCAAAAUCUGUGACUUUGGUGUAUCAGGCCAACUCAUAGACUCAAUGGCCAACUCAUUUGUCGGCACUAGGAGUUACAUGUCUCCCGAACGCCUGCAAGGCACCCAUUAUUCGGUUCAGUCUGACAUCUGGUCAUUGGGUCUAUCAUUGGUUGAGAUGGCGAUUGGUAUGUACCCCAUCCCUCCGCCGGACGCUAAGACGUUGGCGGCGAUAUUUGGUGGGCAAAAUGAAGAUCAUUCACCAGGGCAGGCUCCAAACUCCCCACGCCCUAUGGCUAUAUUCGAGCUCCUGGACUACAUAGUCAACGAGCCUCCGCCGAAAUUGCCAUCCGGAAUAUUUUCGGACGAGUUCAAAGACUUCGUCGACCGUUGUCUAAAGAAGAAUCCGGACGAGAGGGCGGACCUGAAAACGUUAAUGAACCACGAAUGGAUCCGCAAGGCGGACGCCGAGAAAGUGGACAUAGCAGGCUGGGUGUGUAAAACUAUGGACCUCAUGCCUUCUACGCCAAAUUCUAACGUGUCUCCUUUUUCUUCAUAAGCUGCAAGAAGUGCAUACUUUCAUCAGCGAAAAAGGGUCAAAACAUAUCCCAAGAGAGAACGGGCGACACAAUAAGUGAGGACGCUGGCGCAGAGGAAUAGAAGCCCUGACACCAAGCGAUGACAGUUCACAGUAUGUCAACUCUAGAUACCAUUGUCCAAACAGACAGGCGAACACAACUAUUACAUAACAACAUUUAAUGAGAGACGUGGUUUUACAAUACUAUCUUUGUUGCCACCGUCUAAGUUUUACGGUGUUAUUUGUGAUUAAUUAGGAAAAUUUUACAAUAAAAUUACUCGAGUAACGGAAUACUAUAAACAUAGCAUUGUAAUAAUUACAUAUGAAGAGAGUAAACGAAUUUCUUAUUUAAUCACAAGUUUUAUAAGCAACAAAUAUUAGUAAUAUGAAUGUCAUAUUAAUAAUCACGUCUCAUUGUUAAUUGAAACUUAUCAAAUUGCAAAAACAAUUAGCAUUCUUUGGGAGAUACCUGUCAUCGAAUAAUGAAACUCAAAUUUAAUAAUUUAAUUUAUAGAAUUGGCUAAAAUUAAGGUAAAUUUUGUAGGGAUUAUUGAAAACAAUGUGUUACGCUACACUUUGAUAUCGAUUUUAACGCUGUUCAGUGCGAUAAUCAUUACAAUUACAUUGAUAGUCACAAUAGCACAUCGCGAGCUAAACUUAGCUGACAGAACGCGUAAUAAUAGAAAGCAAUAGUCAAAUUACACGUAAGUGAUCGAUCAUUGAGUAACAUCGACACUUGUUGUGACAAAUAUUGCGUACAAGUAAUUCAUAGUCAGUUACAUGUAAUUCUAUUGUCUAUGUGCUAUAUCAUAGGUGCAUUGUGACUAUUAUGCAAUUUGGCUAUCGUACAAUGGAAGUGCUUCGAACUUUCCUUCUCAUAUACAGGCUAUAUGAAUACGUGAAAGUUGUGGAUUGUGAGUAACCGAUACCAAGGUGUCUGAAGAUAGAUAGGGGUAUAAUACUAAAACAUAGUGCAUUCGUGGACGAACUAAUCGAGGUUUUUAUAACGAAUAAAAAACAACUAAUCGAUUAAUGGUCAAGUAGAGUUGAUUUCACUAGUCGCAAGUCGAAAAAAAUGUUAGUAGUGUUUUGACAUAUUUUUCUUUGCUGAAAGUGCGUAAUUCAUGUCAGCUGGUACUUGGUAUUUGAAUAUUUGGGCGUAAUGCAGCCGAGCUGCAUGCGUCCACAGCGCUGGAAUACUCCAACGGCCGCGGCUCGCGGGCGUGAGAGCGUUCCAGAACUAGAUCGAACAUCUUUAUAACAUGUAAAAUAGAAUGCAUUUUUUAGACGACAAAAAAGAUAAAAAGUAUAAAAAAACUAAAAACGUAGAUAUGUUUUACUAUUUUGACGUGAUGCACUUUUUACGUUUGGUUUGUUGUGUUAAUCGCUUCGUUUUAGUAAGUCCGCCUUUUUUUACCCUGUCCCGAGCACCUAGUGUAGAUUGUUACCACGCGAGGCCGCUUGUUGCUUCGAUGUGUUUACGCUGUGACGUGUCACAGAUCUCUCGCGAUUUCAUUACUAUAUUUAUGUUUUAUAAUUACUAGUAAAUCGAAACCGGAGCUUCCAUAACGCGGCGUUACCAUUGUUUUAAUUAUUUUACCUGCCCUUAUGAUCUCUACUUGUUAGUAGGCGUAUAAAUAUGUUACUAAAUCUUUAUUCCUUAAAAAAGUUUUACGCCCUCUACAGAUAUGCGAAGAGAUGUUUUAUUAGCUCCUGCAUGAAUAACAUAGUUUCCCUUGAGCUUCGCUUUAUAAAUUUUAUUUUGCCAGGUCUUCCUGUUAGAAUGAGUUGUUUUGUUCACAUUUUCACAUAUUUGUUAUGAUACCUCAUUGUGUGAGGAGUGUUUUGCCUUUUUAAUUGUGCAUUUAUAUUUAUAUUAUAUCAAGAUGGCUUGUGUUAUUAAAUAGGUAUAAUAUUAUUUAAAAGGUGCUUUUAAGUUGUUGCUAAUUAAGUCGUACACACAUAUUAAUUGUUUUUUCUGUAAUAAAUUAGAAAAAAGAACAAAAGUUAUUUUUUUGUAUAUCAGUCUUCUCGUGUUUAGAUAGGUGUUUAAUUUAAUUUUAAAUAUAAUAUUGUGUGUAAUCAUCGUGAUAGAUUUAAGUUAAUUAAUAGUGAAUGUAUUCCAAACAUUUAUUGAUUAAGUCGAAUUAUAAAAGUCUGAUAUUUGGAUACGAUUUUGUUUAGUUUUGACGAUCUUCUAGCUGGCGUCAUCAAAAUAAAGUAAACCGCAAGUAUAAAAAUAUCGUAGCAUUGUAAUAAGGACUUUAUUAUUAGAAUAUUAUGCUAUUUUUAUAAUUUUUAUAUGUAUUAUACAUUAUAUAUCUAUGCAUUUACAUCAUUUUCAUCAUUUACAUAAUGAGGUUAGUAUUUUAGC